CAAAGCGGCGGCAACUGAUGCUGCUGGCCGGUCUCUCUCGAAAAAAACUUACACAAAGCCUUUUUCUUCCCCCUUUUUCCCUCCCUGUCGUCUUUUAAUUAUUUUUUUUAAAUCUCCAGUUAAUGCAAAUGAGGACUCGGGUUCUUUUAACGUCCAUUUUGUGUCGCGCUCGGCAGGACGCAGGUGCGUGAAAACUGGGACAAUUGGCGUGUUCUUUGACGGCGGAUUGCUGCGGCUCGAGACGAGUGCCUCCUGGCGGGAUGUAACGUGCUCGUCUGAGUGAUUUUGAAGACUUUUUCCCUCCUGGGAGGAUGAGAGAGGAUGCACUUUUGAGUGAUUCCGCAAAAGAAAGGAUGACUUGGUGAUGUAACAGCCAUGAAGCCUAAUCUGUGGGGAAUUAUGAUGCGCUUCCCUUUUCUUUUCCGUCGUAUUUGCUUUCUGCUCACCUUCCCCUUCCUGACGCUACAUGGCCAGUUGAUGCCGGAGGCGAGGGCCGGCCAAGGCCUGCUGCUCUUCACCCAGCCUGCCUACAACGCCUCCAUCUUUGAGAAUUCCGCCGCCGGGACCUAUGCCAAAAGCCAGGUCAAAAUGGGCAUUGUCCUGGUCCCAUCGUUUGAGAUCAAGUUCUCCAUUGAGCCCGGCGACAGCGAGGGAAUCUUUCAGGCGGAGGACUUUACGAUGGGGGAUUUCUGCUUCCUCCGUAUACGAAGCAACAGCGGCGCCAUGCUGAACCGGGAAGUGCAAGACAAUUACACUCUGACGGUCAAAGCCUCCGCCCAAGGAGGCCUGGAGGCACUGGCCACCGUGUACAUAAACGUCCUGGACACUAAUGACCUCCGUCCUCUCUUUUCCCCGACCUCCUAUUCCUUUGUGGUGUCAGAGCGUGCCCCUUUGGGUGCCAGCAUUGGCCGGGUGACGGCCACCGACGCCGACGUCGGCGCCAACGGUGAGUUCUACUACUUCUUCAAGAGCAAAGUGGACCUCUUUGCCGUGCACCCCACCAGCGGCGUGGUCACGCUGACCGGCCAGCCCAGGACGGACAAGCAGGACCGCUUCGAGCUGGAGGUGCAGGUGGUGGACCGAGGGAUGAAACUCUAUGGAAACAAUGACAUCAGCAGCACGGCCCGGCUGGUGGUGAGCGUGAUGCAGAUAAAUGAGUUUGCACCCGUCCUGAGGGCGGUCGCUGUGGUCCCAUCGUGGACUGACGAAAAUCCGGUCUUUGCCAAAGUGACAGUGGAGGAUAAAGACGAAGGGGUAAGCGGGUACAUAGAGUGGGUGUCCAUUAUUGAUGGUGACCUACUUGAACAGUUUGUGAUUGAUCUAUCGCCUCUUGUUGCGAAUGAGUAUUGGGUCAGAGCAUCACAGCAGGUUGACUGGGACAAAUACUCCUAUGGCUGCAACUUAACCCUCCAGGCUAAAGACAGAGGCGUCCCUCCUAAAUUGUCUAACACUCAAUUGCUUCAGUUGUUGGUCACGAAGCCCAAACCGACACUGAGGAGUUUCGAGAAAGACGUUUAUGAAGUGGUGCUGAGUGAAAUUGCUCCCCCGGGCACUGUUGUUGAGGUGCUGAGAAUCUCCCCAGCUCCCACGAGUGUGAAUUACAGCUUCUGCAGCCUCUCAGAACUAAUGUACUUUGAUAUCAAUCCGUCGACCGGCGUUAUUAUGACCUCAAGGAGGCUGACAACGAUAUCACAGAUUUUCAUGGAGAUGGAAGUGUUAGAGGCUGUCAGCCGGCUGAGAGCAAAGGUCCGGAUCACUGUGGAAGAUGCUAAUGACAACUCUCCAGUCUUCAGCAGGCCGUUUUAUGAAGUUUCCAUCAAUGAACGCUUGUCUGUUGGCAGCGUUGUUCUCAUCGUGUCAGCCGUGGAUGAAGACAAAGGAGAGAACAGCUACAUCACGCACACAAUUAAUGGCGAUCCGUCACUUCCUUUCACUGUGGACCAAGACACGGGGGAGCUGAGGAUCACGCGAGACCUGGACUUUGAGUCGUCAGAAGAAAUCUACAUAUUUGCCGUGCGAGCCUCAGACUGGGGCUCGCCCUACAGAAGGGAGAGCGAGGUGAACGUAACGGUCCGUUUGAUAAAUAUAAACGACAACGCACCUGUCUUUGAGAGGGUGUCCUGCAGAGGGAUGAUAGGGCGGGAUUUCCCCAUCCGCCAGACCAUCAUCACCCUGUCCGCCGUAGACAUGGAUGAGCUUGGAAUGGUGAAGUAUGACGUGGUUUCCGGCAACGAGAUGAACUACUUUAACUUGAACGCAGAGUCCGGCGCCUUGUCGCUGAAGAGAUCAUUAGUGGGGGCAAACUUAAAGAAUGGGAUGUUCAACUUGAAAGUCGUCGCCACUGAUGGAGAGAUUUUCUCUGAGCCUAUGUUUGUGAAUAUAUCAGUCGUGAGGGGUUCGAUACCGCCCCGUGGGCUCAGCUGCAAGGACACACAGGUGGUCCAGUUGAUGGCAGAGAAAAUGCUCUCAAAGGCCAUGGCGAUGGCUCGAGUGAGGCAAGAUGACAGAAGUCCAGAUGUCUUCUCUGUGAACAAACAAGCGCCGCAGUUCGAGGCCUUGCCUACGAGUAUCCUGGUUCGGGAGGACCUCCCAACCGGAGCCAGCGUCUUCCAGGUGAGGGCGCGGGACGGUGACACCGGCUUCAGUGGCCGACUUCUCUUUUCCAUAUCUGAUGUCAGCAAAGAGAACUGUUUGACCGUGGACAUGGAGAGCGGCUUGCUGACCAUUCUGCGGCCACUGGACCGCGAGCGAACCGACCGCUACUUCCUCAACAUCACUGUCUAUGACCAGGGUGUCCCCCAGAUGUCCAACUGGAGGCUUCUGACCGUCAUCGUGGAGGACGCCAACGACAAUGACCCGCAGUUUGCCCAGGAUUCGUUCACUAAGCUGGUCGCCGAAAACGCCCCCUUGGGUACUCAGGUGGUCACCAUCACUGCCUUUGACAAAGACGCCGGUCAGAACGCGCAGCUGUCCUACCUUUUGCUGAACGGCGUCCCUCAGUUCGGCAUUGACAGCGAGACCGGCGGUGUCUUCGUGGCUAGCCACCUGGACCGCGAGAGCUUCCCGACGUUCACGCUGACGAUCGAAGCCAGAGACAAGGCGGAAAGAGGCAACCGGCGAUCGGCUGUGACCACGUUGAACAUAAUCGUGGAGGAUGUCAAUGACUCCGCCCCAUCCUUCAUCCCAAGCAUUUACACCACUCGAGUGCUGGAGGAUCUCCCUCCUGGAGCUGUCAUUACUUGGGUGCAGGCCAAGGACCCGGAUAUCGGACCAAGCGGACAAGUCCGGUACUCCCUCUUCAGUGACUUCAACGGCACUUUUGAGAUGGACGCUGUGAGCGGCGUGUUGAGGAUCAGGAAGGAGCUGGACUUUGAGAAGCAGCCGUUUUAUAACCUGACCUUGCUCGCCGAGGACCGGGGGAUGCCCACCCUCAGCAGCCUGACGUAUGUGGAGGUGGAGGUGGUGGAUGUCAACGAGAAUUUGUACGCACCAUACUUUCCCGACUUCGCCGUGAGAGGCUCGGUGAAGGAGAACUCCCGGGCUGGCACCAGCGUGCUGGCGGUGGCUGCCAAGGACGAUGACAAGGGAAAAGAUGGCACCUUGAAGUAUUCCAUCCAGGGCGGCAGCGGGUUGGGCGCCUUCAUCAUCGACGAAGACACAGGGGUGAUUUACACCGCAGGCAUCCUGGACUGCGAGAGCAAGGAUUCCUAUUGGCUCACGGUGUACGCCACAGACAGAGAGGUCACGCCGCUGUCGGCCUCCGUGGAGGUCUUCAUCCAGGUGGAGGACGUGAACGACAAUGCGCCGCUCACCUCGGACCCCAUCUACCACCCGUCGGUGAUGGAGAACUCGCCCAAGGACGUGUCGGUCAUCCGCAUCCAGGCGCAGGACCCCGACCUCACCGCGACGCCCAGCCGCCUCAGCUACCGCAUCACCGCAGGAAACCCGCAGAACUUCUUCUACGUCAACCCAAAGACAGGCUUGAUCACCACGACGGCGCGGAAGCUGGACCGAGAGCACCAGUCGGAACACUUCCUGGAGGUGACGGUCAUCGAUGGGCCGGUGACCACCCGCCAGUCCACCGUGUGGGUCAUGGUCCACGUGGAGGACCAGAACGACAACCCGCCUGUCUUCCCGGAGGUCACCUACCGCAUCCGGCUGCCCGAGCGCGACCGCAACCGUCGCGGCGAUUCCGUCUACCGUGUCUUUGCACACGACCGCGACCUGGGCGCCAACGCCAACGUCAGCUACAGCAUCGUGGACGGCAACCAGGACGAGACGUUCAGCCUGGACCCACGCACCGCCAUGGUGGUGUCCAGGAAGGCGGUGGCGGCCGGCAGCUACCACAUCCUCACGAUCAAGGCAGAGGACGGCGGCGAUCCCCCGCUGUGGUCCACAGUCAAACUUCACGUGGAAUGGAUCAGCAGGCCCACACCCUCGGCGCUGCCCCUGCUGUUCACCCAGCGCUGCUACAAUUUCUCCGUGCCCGAGACGGCCACUGUGGCUCAGCCCGUGGGAGUGGUCGCCGUGGGCCAGUCCAACACUCCCGUUUGGUUCAACAUUGUCGGAGGACGCGUGGCCAGAGAAAUGUUCUACAUUCCGCAGAACGCGUGUGGGAGGAACUGCUCUCUCGACACAGGUAGCUUCGAUAUGCAGUUUGACCUCCAAGUGGGCGUGGGCACCUUGGUGGUGGCCAGGGCGCUGGACGCCGAGGUGCAGGCCGUAUACAAUAUGACGGUGCAGGUGACGGAUGGGACCAAUGUCGCCACCACACAGGUGUUUAUCCGGGUCCAGGACAGCAACGACAACCCUCCGGUGUUCUCGCAGCCGGCUUACGACGUCAGUGUGUCGGAGGAUGUCGCGGUGGACACAGAGCUGCUGCGUUUGCGUGCAUCAGACAUGGAUGAACGGAGCCGCCUCAGCUUCUCCAUCUACGGCAGCGUGGACCCGGCCAGCAUGCGGCUAUUCCGGCUCAACCCGGGCACCGGGGCGGUGUACACAGCCGACCGGCUGGACUACGAGGCCCGGACGCAGCACAUCCUCACCGUCAUGGUCAAGGACCAGGAGUUUCCAUUUAACAGGGACCUGGCUCGGAUCCUGGUGGCGGUGGAGGACGCCAACGACAACGUCCCCUACUUCACCAGCACUGUUUACGAUGCAGUCACCUACGAAUCUUCCCCCGUCGGCACCUCGGUCCUGCAAGUCACAGCACUAGACAAGGACAACGGGAUUAACGGACAACUCACCUACACCAUACAAGCAGGCAACACAGGUGGCAUGUUCAGCAUAAACAACAACACGGGCCUCAUCUUCAUUGCCAAGGACCUGGAUGUCACUUCUGUGGGCUUUUACACACUCACUGUGCAAGUCACAGAUGGCGGUUUUCCACCGCUAAUGGCCACUGCUUCCGCCCGUGUAUCCUUGACGCUCUCCAACUUAUCCAGGCCUAAAUUCUCCCAGAAGGAGUACCAGGCUGAGAUCAUGGAAAACAGCACAGCCGGCGCUCACGUGACCACAGUGAGCGCCUUGAGCCGCUCGGCGCUCAUUUAUGACAUCACCAGGGGCAACGAGGAAAAGUACUUCUUCAUUAAUCGCCACACGGGCGUCAUCACCACACGCAAACGCUUCGACUUUGAGAAAACGUCAUCCUACUUCCUGAUGGUCCGCGCCUCCAGCAUGGCAGGUGCAGAGGCCAGCGCCCCAGUCGUGGUUCAGGUGGGCGACGUCAACGACAACGCGCCCGUCUUCCAGCAAUUAAGGUACUCAGGGGCCAUCAGCGAAGCGGCCCCAGUCAACAGCGUGGUCCUCGGGGACGACGGCGAUCCCCUGGUCAUCCGGGCGACGGAUGCCGACCGCAAUCACAACGCCCUGCUGGUGUUCCUGAUUGUGGACGAGACCGCUCGGAUGUUCUUCAGUGUGGACCCUGGAACCGGAUCCAUCCGGACGAUUGCCAGUGUGGAUUACGAGACCUUCCCAGAGUUUGUCUUCAGGGUUCAUGUCCGAGACAGUGGACAGCCACCUAAAAGUGCUGACAGUCCUGCUGAGGUGUUUAUCAAGGUGAGUGGUCCCUUGUUUGUCUUCUUCUCACAAGCCAAUCUACUCACCCUGGUUUGUGAAUCUCAGGUGAUCAACAUCAACGACUCGCCACCAAGAUUCUCCCAGGACAUAUACGAAAGCAUCCUGCUGCUGCCUACCUAUGCUGGAGUGAAGGUCCUCCACCUGGACGCCUUCGAUCCUGACGUGACCCUGGACCCUGAAAACGAGGCUCCCCAACUGGUGUAUUCGCUGGUGGACCGCAACCUGGAGCACUUCUCUGUGGAGCGCAGCAGCGGCGUGGUGACGGUCAUCAAUCAGAACCUCAGCAAGGACCGCUAUCGAUUCAACGUGAAGGUUUGGGACGGCCGUUUCUCGAGUGUGGCUUUGGUCACGGUGCUCGUCCGCCAAGCCAUCAGCAGUGAUCUCUCUUUCGUUGCCCCGUUUUACAUGGCCACCGUCCGGGAGAACACCCGCAACGAGAGCGUCCUAGCAGUGGUCCACGCUGCCGGCCAGCGCCUGAACGAGCCCCUGAUGUUCACACUGCUCAACCCCGGUGGGUUCUUCGCUGUGAGGCCCACCUGUGGGGCGUUGCUCACCGUCGGCGUCCCGUUUGACCGUGAGGAACGGGACAGCUAUGAGCUUGUGGUAGAGGUCCGCAAGGAGGAGGAAGUACUGAAGGUAGCCAGAGUUACCGUCAGAGUGCAGGUGGAGGACGACAAUGACAACGCCCCCGAGUUUGUGAACCUCCCGUACUACGCCACAGUGCAGGUGGAAGCAGAACCCGGCUCAUCCAUUUUCACGGUGACGGCCACCGACCGGGACUUGGGUGUCAACGCUCAGGUGACGUACCGUCUCAAGGAACCGCACAGGAACUUUCAGGUGAACCCUGUGACAGGCGAGCUGACGCUAAAGCGAGCCUUUGAGGCUGACUUGUCCAGCGGCGAGUUCAAGGUGGUGGUCGUGGCUUCCGACGGCGGCACCCCCUGUCUGUCCAGCGAGGUGGAGCUUCCAGUCAGCGUGCUGAACAAAGCGAUGCCGCUGUUCGACAAGCCCUUCUACGGUGUCACCGUGCCCGAAGACGUGGCUGUGUCCACCUCGCUGCUGAGCCUGAACGCCAGCAGCCCGACAGGCCAGCCCAUCAUUUUCACGCUGGCCGGCGGUGACCCGUCACUGCAGUUCGACAUCGGCUUCGACACGGGCACGAUCAGCGUGCUCUACCCACUAGACUACGAGACGGCGCCGUACUACCGCCUCACUGCCAGGGCCACUGACACGCUGACGGGCGCCAGGUCUGAGGUGGACGUGGACGUCGUGGUUCUCGACGUCAACGACAACCCGCCUGCCUUCCAGAAGUCAGCGUACUGGGCCGUGCUUCCCGAGAACGCCAUGAUUGGAACCAGUGUCCUACAGGUGUUUGCUCAGGAUCAAGACUCGGACAAGAACUCCAGGGUGAGCUACGAGAUCGUGUCCGACGUGUACAACAGCAGCGAUUACUUCCACGUGGAGCGCGACAGCGGUCUGCUGUUGACGGCGCGGCUGCUGGACUACGAGCUCGUCCAGCGCUUCAAUUUCGUCGUGCGGGCGACGGACGGCGGAGAGUCGCCGCUUAGUAGCGACGUCAGCGUCACGUUGGCCGUCGCCGACACCAACGACAACCCGCCCGACUUCAGCCAGACGCUGUACGAGGCCUUCGUCAGCCAGCUGGCGCCCCGAGGGCACUUUGUCACCUGCGUUCAGGCCUCGGACGCCGACAUGGGCGAUGCCCAGAGGCUCCGGUACAGCAUCCUGUCUGGUAACGAGCGCAUGACGUUCUCCAUGGAAGCGGAGAGCGGCGUUCUGCGUCUGUCUAACAAUAGGCGACAGGGCAUGAAGCUGUCGUAUCAGCUCAACGUGUCUGUGUCUGACGGCGUCUUCACAAAUACGGCUCAGGUGGUGGUUAACAUGUUGGGAGCCAACCUGUACAGUCCGGUGUUCAGCCAGAGGUUCUACCUGGCAGAAGUCCCAGAGAAUGCGCCGCACGGUUCAAAGGUCAUCCAGGUCCGCGCCUCCGACGAGGACUCGGGUCUGUUCGGCCAGAUCACUUACUCCUUCAUCAACGACUUUGGGAAGAGUCGCUUCGCCGUGGACGCUGACGGAAUCAUUUCUACCACACAGAGACUGGACCGAGAGGACCCUCUCAACAAAGACAUCUUGCUCACUGUCAUGGCCCUGGACGGAGGAGGCCGGGCGUCGUUCUGCACGGUGCGAGUGGUGCUGGCGGACGAGAACGACAACGCACCGCGCUUCCGUGCGGUGGAGUACCGCAUGAGCAUCAAGGCCAACGUGGGCAAAGGCUCCCUGGUCACGCAGAUCCAGGCCAGCGACCCCGACGCCGGCUCCAACGGCAGGAUCGUCUACUCGCUCUACAGCGAGGCGCGCUUGUCCCUGGUCGACGUCCUCGAGGUGGAGUCCGACAGCGGCUGGAUGAUGACCAAGAGCUCGGUGUCCCACCUCCAGGGUACGGUGCUGUCCUUCUUCGUCAAGGCCACCGACUGCGGCUCCCCGGCCAAACACUCGCUGGUGUCGGCCUUCAUCCACGUGGUGCCUCCCGACGCCUUCAUCCCGUCCUUCAGCCAGCCCCAGUACUCCUUCACCGUCCCCGAGGACACGCCGGCGGGCACGGCGCUGGGGUCCGUCUACAUGGGCCCGGGCAAGAGCGCCGCCUUCUCCGCUGUGGCCGGAGAGACGGCCGACAGCAACCAGGGUGGGACCUUCCUGGUGGAGGCCGACACGGGGCUCGUCCGUCUGGUCAAGUCCCUGGACUACGAGCGCAUCCCCGUAUACCGCUUCAAGGUGGCCGCCGCCGCCCGCAGGGACCUCAUAGAGGCCAUCACCAGCGUGGACGUGGAAGUCAAGGUCCUGGACGUGAACGACAACGAGCCGGCGUUCGAGACAGACAUGUACGUGGCCACGGUGAUGGAGGGCAUGCCGGUCGGCACCCGGGUGGUCCAAGUGCGGGCGCUGGACCCCGACCGGGGCUCCAACGGUCAGGUGACUUACAGUCUAGAAGAGCCGACGUCCGCCGCCACUUCUGUGUUCUCCAUUGACAGCAAGACGGGCUGGAUCACCGCCGCCGCCGGUGUGGACCACGAGGAGCGCUCCAGCUACAGCUUCCGCGUACUGGCGUCCGACCAGGGCGAGUUGCGCUCGCUGCGGGCCGCCGCCGCCGUCACGGUGGCCGUGUCUGACGUCAACGACAACCCGCCGCGCUUCCGGCGGGAGCUGUACCGCGGCGCCGUCAAGGAGAGCGACCCCCCCGGCGAGGUGGUGGCCGUCCUCAAGACCAAGGACGACGACGGGACCGACCAGAACCGCAUGGUCAGCUUCUACAUCACCGGGGGUAACGUGGGCGGUGUGUUCGGUCUGGCGCUGGUGCAGGGCGAGUGGAAGGUAUACGUGAGCGGGCCGCUGGACCGCGAGCGUCAGGAUCGUUACCUGCUCAACGUCACGGCCAGCGAUGGCCUCUACGUGGCCCGCGCAGCUGUGGAGGUCACCGUCAUAGAUGCCAACGACAACAGCCCCGUCUGCAACCAGGCGGUGUACAGCGCCUCAUUCCCAGAGGACGUGGCGGCCAACAAGGGCGUGCUUACGGUGGGCGCGUCCGACAGUGACUCGGGUUCCAGCGCCGAGAUCCAGUACUCGCUCUUUGGCAUCGGCGUGGAAGACUUCUACAUGGAUGCCAACACUGGCGAGCUUCGCACAGUGGCGCCCUUGGACCGCGAGAGCCGUCCCUCCUACAAGCUCAUCGCCCAGGCUACGGACGGCGGGGGCCUCUUCUGCCGCUGCGACGUGUCGCUGAAGCUCCUGGACGUCAACGACAACGCGCCGUCCUUCGCGUCCUCACGCUACGUGGCCAGCGUAUACGAGAACGCUGCGCCCAACGCGCUACUCACGCGCCUGCAGGCCACCGACCCAGACCAAGGCCUCAACCGCACCAUCAUCUACUCCCUGGUAGACUCGGCCAACGGGGUUUUCUCCAUCGAUCCCGUGUCCGGAGUGGUGGUCCUGGAGAGACCCCUGGACCGAGAGAAUCAAGACUCAUACCGGCUCCGCGUUCGGGCCACAGACCAAGCCGGGCUGCAGGGGGCGCUCUUCUCACAGGUGGACCUGACCGUGCUGGUCCUGGAUGUGAACGACAACGCGCCGGUGUUCCAGCGGCGGGACUACACUGUCACCGUGCCCGAAGACGUUGCGGUGGGCACUGAAGUGCUGCGGGUGCUGGCCACCAGCGCUGAUAUUGGGCCCAAUGCCGAGAUCUCCUACAGAAUCCGCUCAGGCAACGAGAUGGCCAAGUUCUCCAUUGACAGGAACCUGGGUUCCCUCUUCGUGGCUGAUGAUCUGGACUUUGAAGUAUGCAAGGACUACUACCUGACGGUGGAGGCCUGGGACGGAGGCAGCCCGCCCCUCAGCGCUGCCACCAUGGUGACUAUCCAGCUGAUGGAUAUCAACGACAACGCCCCUGUCUUCAGCCAAGAUGUCUACAAUGUCCUGGUCAGCGAGGACGCCCCGGUCGGCCAGUCCAUAACUAGGGUGCUGGCAGAAGACCUGGACAGUCAAGUUAAUGGACGCAUCACAUACUCCAUCCUGAAAGGCGACAGGAGCAACCACUUCUGGAUCGACCCGGUGGCGGGGCUGCUCAAAGUCAAUAAGCGUCUGGACCGGGAGCUGGUGUCCCGCUACACUCUGUCAGUGCAGGCCUUCGACAGUGGCUCGCCCGCCAUGUCUUCGGCUGUCGCCGUCAACGUAGACGUCGCCGACGUCAACGACAAUCCGCCCGUCUUCACUCCGCCCAACGCCACUGCCGUGGUCCAGCUGAACCAAGCGUCCGGCAGCGUCCUGCUCCGUCUGUCUGUCAGUGACAAGGACGCCCCUAGGAAUGGCCCGCCCUUUGGGUUCAGCUUAGUUUCCGGGAACGAGGGUGGUUUCUUUACGCUGGACCAGACGGGAACGCUAAGGUCUGACCGCGUGUUUAGCCCGGAGUCUCCCAGGGAGUUCACCCUCGAGGUCCAGGCGAGCGACUCUGGCCGGCCCCCUUUGGUCUCGUCUUCGUGGGUUUUUCUGCGGGUCAUCGGGAACAGUCAGUACAAGCCGGCCGUCUCGCCCCUGGAAAUCUUUGUGGUGACGGCAACCGACACAUUCCAGGGCGGCCCAAUCGGUCGCAUCCACGCGACAGACCGCGACCCAAACGACGCGCUGUCCUUCACCCACACGCCGCAGGACAAGAGCAUGUUUAACAUCAACAGGCAGGACGGCAGUGUUAUGGUUCUACCGGGAUUAGAGCCGGGAAGGUAUCAGAUGAACGCUACUGUCAGCGACGGUCGUUUUGCUGUGAUCGCUGACGUCUCAGUCCGAGUGGAACAGGUGACAGAUGUGCUGCUGCGUAGCGCUAUUGCCCUGAGGUUCCGCUCCCUGUCACCCGAGGACCUACUGGGCCGCUACCUAAGCCAGAUCCGGCUGACGUUGCGGGCCCUCGCUGGCUGGAAAUGGUCGGCGGGACAACAGGACCCGCUCCACAUCCUCGGCGUGCAGCCGGUGGAGGGGACGUCCGACGUGGACCUCCUCGUGGCAGUCGAGAGGCCAGAGAUGUCAGCUGGUGGUGGUAGUGGGCGAAUGGGGGGCUUUUACACGCCCCAAGAGGUGGCCGCCAAGCUACGGGAGGCAAGGGGGCAGCUCCGCGGGGUCCUGGCUGGAGCGACUGCAGUGGGUGGCGUCUGCUCCGGGGAGCUGGCAUGCGGCGACAAGGUGUGCGAGCAGACGCUGGCCAUGGAGGCUGGCUCGCUACUGACGUACAGCACAGAGAGGGUCAGCUUGGUGUCACUGCCGUUCAGACGCAUUGAGACCUGCACCUGCCCUCCAGGUGGGGCUUGCUCUGCUCCUGUGGAGCUGUGUGAAGGUCAGUCGUGUCCAGCAGACAUGCAGUGUGUACGCUCCGGCCCAACCGCACCAUCUGUCUGCCAGUGUCUACCUGAGCGUCUGGACGAGUGUGCUGGUCAAAGCUCGCUGAGGUUUUCUGGUAACGGCUACAUCAAGUACAAAUUGACAGAGAGCGGUCAGAGCGGCGAGAUGAAGCUGGGCCUAAGAGUCCGCACGCUGCAGACAAGGGGAGUCAUCAUGUUCACCAGAGUCAACCCCUGCACCAUGCUCAAGAUCGAAGGUGGCCGCCUGUGGUUCCAGUUGGACUGCGACAACACGUUGGGCAUAAUGGGUAUCUCCGGGCGACAGAUCAACGACGGGCUGUGGCACGCCGUGGCCUUGGAGCUGACCAGCAACUACACCCUCCUGUCAUUGGACGACAGCUACGUGGAGCGACGACGGGCCGCCAGAGCCCCCGUCCGCCUUUGGCCAGUCGCCCCGGAAUCCUCUUUCUUCUUCGGGGCGCAGGUGAGGCCCAUGACGGUGGCCGGCCAAGGGGCGAGGGCCCAAGAUGGCUUCCAAGGCUGCCUGGGCCAGCUGACGCUCAACGGCAGAGAGCUGCCACUGCAGAAUAAACGCAGUCGCUACGCUGAGCUCGCCGGGCUGAGUGAGGUAGAGAUGGGCUGCGUCCUUUAUCCGGACCCCUGCGUCAGUGCCCCCUGCCUUAACGGAGCCAUGUGCACCAGCCUGCCCUCUGGAGGCUUUGGGUGCACUUGCAUCUCUGGUUUCACCGGAGGACGCUGUGAAAGCCCAGUGAUGCCCUGCACACCAAACCCCUGCCAGGCUGGCGGCGAGUGCCAGGCCGUGGGCAGCGGCGGCUUCGUCUGCGGAUGCCCACCGGGACUGGGGGGGCUUAUAUGCGAUGAAGACGUGGACGAGUGCGAGCGGGCCCAGUGCGGAGAUAGCGGCGAGUGCGUCAACACGCCAGGAUCCUUCUUCUGUAACUGCACGCCGGGAUAUGAGGGCGGGGCCUGCGACGGUGGCAGUGAGGCGGGUGAUGACACGCAGGCGGAGCCGCUGUCGUACGUCGGUCCCGGCGAGAUCAUUGGCAUUGGCGUUCUGGUCUUCGUCGUCAUCCUGCUCCUCAUCCUCUUCGGAAUCUUCCGGAAGAAGAUCCAGUUCCGGAAGGACUCGGCGGGGGCGGCGCCCGCGGGGAGCGUCGCAGUCGUGUCGGCUAUCACGGAGACCAGCUACAUGCUGCGCAAGACAGGCAUGGGCGCGGAGGGCAUCGAGUUCGAGGCGGUGCGUGUGCCGGGCUCGCCGGGGAAGGUGAGCGCCAUUGGUGGAGGGGAUGGCGGCGGCCUGACGGCAGCGCCUCAGGUGGUGGUGAGACCUGACGCGCACUCACCUCUGAUGGGGGGGAGAUGCAGCAGGGACGCGGAUGGAGGCAGGCUGAGCAGCUUCCUGUCCAACAUGUCAAACAUGCGCGGCAACUGUCGGGGCGUGGCCGUGUGCAGCGUGGCACCCACCAAUCUGACUCCGCCGUCGCCCUGCCGCCGCCUCCACCAGCACAGCCCCGCUCACAAGGUGUCCUGGGAGGGUGGGGACGCCAACACGGCGGCGGAAGCCAGCCGGCAAGAAGAACGCGAGGACCAGUGGAGUCAGAGAGCCUUUGAGAUGGAAAGGACAGACGGCAGCGACGGUGAGCGGUCGCCUACGCAGAGCGACGCGAUCGGUCUUUCGUCAAACUCCACGUUAGAGGAUCUCAGCUCGUACACGUCAGAGUCCUUCGACGACAACGCCUCCAUCGUGACAGUCAUCCGUCUGGUCAACGACACGGUGGACCACAUUGAGAGUGAAGUGUCCAACAUGGACAAUGAGCAGUGGCAGGACAGUCCUGCUUACCACUGGGACUCGUCCAGGCAUAACUCCAGCUGGUUCUCGCCAACACGCCUGCGUCUGCCCGAGAUGGCAUCCCACUAUGACCUGAGCAACUCCCACCAGAACAUCCGCCGGGGAGGCAGCACCCGCUCCCUACAGCUGGACUAUCCGAUCCAGGUCCCAAGCACCAACAGAGGCCAAGAGUCGGUGCCAGAGGCCGGGCGGAGGGCCUUCCAGUGGGAAAAGAACCAGUCGGGCGAGUGGCAGAGGAAGAGGUGGCUGGAUGGGGAAGGGCGGCAAAGGAGCAGCGAGGAGUCGCCCGUCUACGAGGAAUACCGGGAGCCCCGGCAAGACUCGGUACACAGCGAAGACUCUGAGGGUCUCUACGACACCCUUCCCCCAACCCGAGAAGCCUACGACGGGUACCCAUCCAGCCCACCGGGCCUCAGCUUACACCCGGCCCAGCUGUUGCCUCCCUUGCGGGCUUGGGCCUCUGGGUCUCGGGAGGACAGCGGCGGACCUCUAGGCUCUGGUGCUAUGACCGCUUCUGCGGAUGAGCUGGAAAGACUGUUGAACCUGGUGUCACUGCGAGCCAGGAGGGCUACGAGGGCCAACAGAACCUCCACUGGGUCAGAACCCGCAGCAGGUUGGCACGGAUUCAAAUGACCGUCAUGACUCUUGACACAAAAUACACCACAAGAAAAAAGUGACGCCUCUCUCAUCUCGUUAGCGGGGCCUGUUUUUCCAAGGAAAGGACUCCUUAGCCACAUGCGGCACGCCGCUUCAGAGAUGUUAUUAAGAUUAACGGCAUCUUUGUUUAAUCAUUUCAUUACUCAUCAAUUAUUUAUUUCAUAAGAAGGUCGUUUGGCGGCCGAGCAGCACGAGCUUCAAAGUGAAAGAUAAUUAAAAGUGAGACAUUUUAAGACCACACACACACACACACACACAGACACAGAGACACACACCCUGCCUCCGAUUUAUCGCUGUGUUUUCUCACUGUGAAUAAAUUGUGUACACUAAGUGAAACU